AUGGUUGCCGUUCAGGUCUCUACUCAACAGCACCACGUAAGAAGAAAGAGCUUGCACAAUCACGUCGCAUUCCACCUGUGUCUUGACAUCUGUUGGUUGUACCCAGAAACGAGGUUUGAGCCCGGAAACGACGACCCGUUAGAGGAGGUGCUCACUCCCAUGCCAAUAGAGCCUCCGGCAACGGUGCCGGCCAACAUCUCGUUGGUGAGUGCCGGAUGCAGAGCAGAAAUGGAGGUGUCCUGGGACGGAGAGGCGAGCGGCUCGUCCUUGUCCUUUCCUAGUGGUGCAGGGGUGUUCUCAGGGAGAACGAACUGGCCCACAGAAGAGGACUGGAAGUUGAGUCCCGAGCCCGGGUUGGAGAACGGGGUGCCGUGGGGGCCCGCGAACCCGGAAAUCGGGGACGGCAUCUGGGGGGUCAUGGACAGGAACUGGUGGCCGAAUUGGGAGUGCUGGGUGUUGGGUGUGGACGCGAGGUCGGAAUUGGGCAGAGAAGAUGGACGAGUUAGCGUGGCGCGCAUCGAGAUGGUCCAGGUGGUCCAGGUGGUCGAGUCUGUCUGGCGAUUCAUCCAAAUCCAGAUUGAGUCUAUUCAGGACAUGACUAAUGUCAUCCAGUCCUGCGGGCUCUGUGGUGCUCUUUUUCGCAAAAGAAAGAUCAUUCAUGGGAGGGGUCGUGGUGGUGGUGACGUCCUGGGUCGUCGUCUCCUCGAGAGACGAGAGGGUAGUCUGGUCUGCCAUUAUUCGGGAAGCAGCACAGGUGUAAAAAAUUUCGCCACUAGUAUUGUAACACAACAAAUGCCAAUGUCGCACACAAUUGAUGCAAACACAAUGCUAAUAGACCGUUGCUAA